GGCCCACCUCACCGAGCACAGGACUUAUUGUCCUGAUUCCCUCCUUCCCUCCUCUUCAACUUUCUGCCGCGGUAUCCUUUGUUUCUCGUCCUCAAGAUGCCGCUACACCUAUAUGCGCUCCAUACCAGGGCACAACAGGCCUUCUUCGGGACGGUUCUGUUCCAGGCCAUUGUCGUCAUUGUCAUGGUUGCGAUUGUCUUCGGUAGGGUAGAGGAUGCAGUGCCCUUGACAGACUCCCGGUACAAAACUAUCCCAUGCUAUCUCGCGCUUUUCAUCCUUGCCGAGCUGUUCGAGCUCUUCAUGGCGUACGAUGCUUUGCGGCUUCGCAAUGUCAUCCAGCUAGUAGGUCUGCUGUUGUUCCACGCGGCGCUCAUUGUGAUGGCGGCGCUUCAAGUGCACGAAACGCACACCGCUCUAGUGUCAAAUCCCGGGGCGAAUUGGACAACGGAUUACGCACAUGGUGACGGAGCGGGGACGCUUUGGCAACGCGUCCUCCCCUUCCUGAUUGUCUCGCCCGUCGUCAUAGGCGUUUCGUGGGUAGUCUUGAUCUGGUUUGUGCGUGAACUGUACUAUGAAUUCGGCUGGGCCAUCUUCCACAUUGUGGGCGCAAAUCCCGCUGCCAAGACGAUGUACCAGUUCUACCAGGUCAUGAUUUGUUUGCUCAAGUUCGACUUCUUUGCCUUCGUUGGCGUGACGAUGCAGCUCCUUAUCGUCGUCCUUGCUAAGGAUACAGCAGAGUUCGGUCUGACGGUUGCGGCCAUACCCAUCGUUCUUGUUCUACUCAGUGGAGCUGGUUUUGCCGUUCAGCGUGAGAUCAAGUGGCUCAUGUCAAUAUCUCUCAUCCUCAUGUUGGCGGCGGAAUCGUACUGCAUCUACAAGCUCGUCCGUUUCUACGAGCCUAGCUCGGAGGCGCAGUACGAGACUGUCCGCGCAACGCUUACCACAUUCACCAUCAUCGCGUUCUUGCUCCUGUUUGGGACCUUCGCGAUUGGCCUUCGCUGCUUCGCCGACUUCGACAAGGGCUUGCUUCGGAGCAAGCUGCACGAAACUACGGGUCCGCGUGGUUACUCAUCCACAUCUGGAACCGCAGGCGCGAAGAAGGAGGAUGGCGGCUACGGCUCGGGGGCGCCGCUUGGCCAGCGGGUAUCGAUAGAGUAGACGUCGCGUCUAUCUGUGUCCCAGCUCGACUCCAGCGUUACCUAGAUCGCCGUCGUCAUCGUCGUUGCAUCCGACAUAGCUAUGCCCCAUUACGCCCUACCGUCAUGACCCAUCACUCUCGCUUUCAUUUCCUCGUGGUGGACUCCUGUGUGCAGUUCUACUCUCCCGUCGUUGUGCUUGUCGGAACGGAUGCCGAGGCAUACUAGGAUCUCGGGGUUCUCGGUGGUACUGGAUGGACUUAUACCGGCAUCUGUUUGUUUGCUGCUGCAGAGGCAUACAUUUGCUUUGGUGGUAGACUUUGUUGAUUUACUGUUACGUAUUUAUGCUCUAAUCAUUCACUAUCCUCCCCGACGUUUGUACCAUGUUCUUCUACUGUGGACUCCCCGUAACUAGUCCGGCAGUGACAAUCCAGCUCAGAGGCAUGCUGUUCCUGGUGGGCUACCCUGUUGCAAUCAGCUCUCAUCAUCCAUGCUUGCUUACUUAGACAAAUGGCGUAAGGAGGUGCAAGGCGGCGAUCCGGUGAUGCCGAACAGAUGUUUUAGCAUCCGAACAUCGACUACAGAAGUUCCUGGCGUAGCCAGAGCCUCAACUACCGCCCCCGCACGCGGAUCCCACUCCCACGUCAUACUUGGACCUCUAGCACAGCAGCACUAGCAGUGCGCCCAGGGCGAUAACAGACAUGGCUGAGGAUGUGACGAUACUUUGCGAGGAUGCAGCAUUACCAGUCGCAGUGGGAAGCGGCUGCGUCGCGAUGGUGGUGCCAAUGAGCCACGGGCUCUGCGGGGGCGGCGAGGACGUCUGCGGGAAGUCCUGGAGCGCGUUGGUACCGUUCGUGCAUGCGCCCGAUGGAUUGUCGUUCUGCACCGUCACUGGAUAAGCGGUAAUCGCAAAGUACGGCUGAUUGUCGAUGUGGGAUGCCUCGUAGAAAGUGAGGUUGUAGUUGCCCGCAGGAAUGCAGGUGGAUACGUUGAAGUUCCAGUGCUUGACGGUGCUGCCUUGCUCUUGGGUGAGCAGCUCAGUGCCGUUUGAGACGGUGAUGUUCUGCUUCGUCUGGUAGGACACAAGGUAGAUCUCGAGGCUGUCGAAACGCGUCGACUUGCCCGAGCCUGGAAUGGAGGCGCUCUGGUCGAGGUGACCGUCUCCGGAUAUAUCAAUUGCGACCUGAGUAACUGAUCCAGCAUGCAUAGGACUCCCCGGGGCUGGCGCGUCGACGAUGGCAAGGCCAUUCGUGAAUACCUGACCAUUCACGAGUGUCUGUGCAUGCACACCGCUGGAGGCGGCAGCAAGAAGAGCAGCGAAACAAACGAGCGUGGGGUGCAUUUGCUACACAGCGCAAAGCGAGCGGUCUUGGGGAUGAU